CCACCUGAUCAGAACACAGGCCGCACCUUAUCCCUUUUUAUUUCUCCCUGCCUCCAAAUCAGAGUGAGAAAAUUAGUACUCCUGCUACUUAGUUCUGUUGGGAAACUGUAGGGGAACAAGAUGGCUGUCGAGAUAAUUACGAGAGAAGCCGUGAAGCCAUCCUCUCCAACCCCUGAUCACCUAAGAGAGUUUAACCUUUGCUUUCUGGAUCAGCUUCCUCCUGUGGCUAACGAACCUCUGCUUCUCGUCUACUCAAGCUUCCAGCAGAAAUUCACGGUUGCUCACAAAUCCGAGCGGCUAAAGAGAUCACUGUCUGAAACCUUAUCCCGAUUCUACCCCCUUGCUGGCAGAAUCAAAGAUGAUGCCUCUAUUGAAUGCAACGAUUUUGGAGCUGUUUUUGUUGAAGCACGAGUCAACUGUCUUCUAUCCAAGUUUCUUGAAAAGCCUGAUGCUGAGGUGAUAAGAAAAUUCAUUCCUACUGGGAUUGAGUCGCCAGAGGAACUCACGGGUAGUCUAGUGCUUGUUCAAGCAAAUUUCUUUGCCUGCGGCGGGUUGGCGAUUGGAGUUUGCAUCUCUCACAUGGUAGCUGAUCCGGUUACCUUUAGCACCUUCGUAAAGGCUUGGGCAGCUGCGGCUUUUCAUUCUGGGGACAGUACCAUACUUCCUUUAUUCAAUGCACCAUCCGUAUUUCCUCCUCAAAACAUAUCGCUUUCAAAGCCUGCAGCUCUCGAAGUUAUGCGUGACAGAUGUGUUACAAAGAGAGUUGUCUUUGAUGCCUCCAAGGUUGCUGCUCUUCAGGUUAAAGCUGUCUGUGAAAGCGUGACAUGUCCAACAAGAGUUGAAGCUGUAACGGCCCUGAUUUGGAAAUGCGCAAUGAACGCCGCAAGAUCGAACUCAGAGCAUUUAAGAUAUUCUAUUCUCUCACAAUCUGUGAAUUUACGCAAUAAAAUGGUGCCUCCUUUGCCUGAACACACUAUUGGAAACCUCGCGGGUUAUUUCGCUUCAUGUGCUACAGAAUGCGAGGUUGAAUUGCAAAGCCUGGCUCGUCAGCUAAGGAAAGGGUUGCAAGAUUUUGGUGAGAACUACCUGAAGAAACUUGGAAAAGAUAAGGCCUCCAUGGCUAUUUGUGAACCAUUCCAAGAGGCAGCAAGCAUGCUUCCAGAAGGUAAUGUAGACUUCUACGUUAGCACCAGUUUCUGCAGGCUCCCGUUUUACGGUAUCGAUUUUGGGUGGGGAAAGCCCACCUGGGUAACCAUUCCUACUGGGGCUUACAAGAAUGUGGCUUCAAUUAUGGACGCUAAAGAUGGUAAAGGAAUCGAGGCUUGGGUGACUUUAACUGAAGACGACAUGGCCUUUUUUGAACGUGAUCGAGAGCUGCUCGCAGCUGCUUCUUUUGAUCCAGUUGCCUCGGACCUCAUCAUGCCCAUGUCUUCUCUAUAAAUAUCUCAAAAUAGGCUCUGAUUUCUUCUUGUCUAUGGUGGUUUUCAGUCUGUAUAAUCAUGGAUACUAAUCGUCUCCUCUCUUUUGUGUGUGUAUUUGUGUCUGAUUGGUUGGUUUCUUGGGAUGAGACUGGAGAGUACUUGAAGAUUUGUCGUUACAGCUACUAGUCAUUGGCCAACGAGCAUUGUCAACAAUCUGUUUAAUAAUACUUAAUCUCAUGAUUGACGUGAUUUUUUUUU